AUGCCUCACCCAAACGUCUUUCAUCUUCCAGGGGAAGAUAUAUCACCUUCCACAGACAUCAAACCAGCAGCCAUAUCCCAACCUCUCAUCAACAGUAUUCCACCUGAUCUUCUUCCCCGGUUUGACCCCGUCUACGCAAAAUAUUAUGCCCAUUACUCGGCGGGACGAUUGGCUACUCAUCAAAUUCCAAUCAAGGAGUUUAGGGCCAAUCCUCGCAAAUACAGCAUCGUAUACGGACGUGCUAUAGCACCUGACGUACAUUCUAUCACCGAUGUUCAAUGUCCAGUCACACCGUCUAGCGAUGGGAAGAACAGCAUCACAGUGAGGAUUUUUGAACCAGCUCCAACUGUUAAUGAAGGGAAACCAAGACCCGCGUACAUCAAUUUUCACGGUGGGGGAUGGGUCUUUGGGGGCUUGGAAAUGGAUAUGGAGUUUUGUAAGAGAUUGGUUGGGGAAUUGGGUUGUGUGGUUUUUGAUGUGGAUUAUAGGUUGGCGCCGGAAUAUCAAUGGCCUAUUCCGGUAGAUGAUUGUAUUGAGGCUUUUAAAUGGAUUGAAUCGGAUGAGAUGGUUCAGAAGCGAAAUUUGGAUAGGAAGAGGUUUGCGGUGGGAGGGAUAAGUGCGGGUGGUAUGUUGGCGGCGGUUGUGAGCCAUGCUUGUAGGGAUGAGGGAAUGCCGUUGAGUUUUCAAUUGUUGGGUGUGCCAGCGGUGGAUUUGGAUGCAUAUGGAGUGGAUGGAAAAUUGACGGAGGAGGGAUGGGAUCGGUACCCUAGUUAUAGGGAGAUGGAAUUUACGGUGCCGUUGCCGGUGGCUAGGAUGGAAUAUUUUGCGGCACAGUUUCUGGGAGAAGAGAGGGAUCGGGAUCCUUAUAAUAACUGGAAAGUCUCCCCUAUACUAGCGACCAACUUUGAGGGGCUUGCACCGGCUCUCAUUAUGACGGCGGAGAUGGACCCUCUGAGAGAUGAAGGUAAAGCUUACGGGGAAAAGAUGAUCGCUGCAGGUUCCCACGCCGAAGUUAUUUGUAUGAAGGGAAUGCCGCAUACUUUUAUGACGAUGGAUGAUAUUCUCGAGAAUGGUAAGAGGUACAAUCGUGAAGCCAUUCGAGCUUUGGCUACUGUGUGGGGGAUCGCUAUUAAAUAA